AUAGACCAAAGAAACAAACCUAUUUGGUUUCCUGGUUGCAGCAAGACAAUCAAGACGAGGGGCAGAGUGACAUCAAGCAAGACAAAGGAGAAACAGUAAUGUUUCAGGCCAUGACAGAAAACAUGUUUCCGCUGCGCUGACAGUAGAUGCACUAGCUCUAGGACUGCAUUGCUGCUGAGAUGUUGCAGAACAAUGGCGGCAGCAGAUUUGGGCGCGUCCAGGAGCCCGAAUUUGAGCUCCGGGCCCCCCACUCGUGGUGAUCUUCGGCUCGUGGGCAAGACCCUCAGAAGACUGGAUAAACUCCAACAGCUGUGCAGUACCCCUCGGCUUGGACUGAGAAAUAGUCCGCCAUACCUACCACAGCUGCUGUCAGAGACCUCAGUGCUGCUCAUCCAGGUCUGGGAGCCUUUCCAAGGCUUCAGGCAGGCAGGUGGACAGGUGCCACACGGAGACGAGGCAGAGUACCUGAGGAUCCAUAUCAAAAACCUCUUUGAUAAGACAGAGCGGGCUCUACUGCUGUUUAAAGAAGGACGGAGGAAGAUAUAUGAAGAGACUUCAACUUACAGGAGGAAUUUGACCAAGCUGACUUUGUUGUUCAGUCACAUGCUGUGGGAGCUGAAGGCCUUUUAUCCAGGAGGAUGUUUUCAGGGUGACAAAUACAGGGUGGCGUUAUCUGCAGCUGAGGACUUUUGGAGGGAGUCAUUUGGCGACAAGUGUAUAGUGCAGUGGAAUACCUUUAAAGAACAGCUGAGAAAUGUACAUCCAUUUGAGGAAGGGAUGGAAUCUAUGGCUCUGAAGUCAACCAUUGACUUAACUUGCAACGAUCACAUCUCUGUGUUUGAGUUUGAUGUUUUCACGCGACUGUUUCAGCCGUGGAGGACUCUUUUAAUGAACUGGAACCAGCUGGCCGUGACUCAUCCAGGCUACAUGGCCUUCCUCACCUAUGACCAGGUUAUAGCUCGUCUGGAACACUACCUGCACAGACCUGGGAGCUAUAUCUUUCGUCUGAGCUGUACAAAAAUGGGAGAGUGGGCUAUUGGCCACGUGACAUUUGAUGGUGCCAUCAUCCAGACUAUCCCGGAGGACAUACCUCUCUACCAAGCUCUGAUUCAAGGCUUCAAUCAGGGCUGCUACUUGUACCCAGAUGGCCGGGAUGUGAACCCUGAGUUGAAAAGCUUGUGUGAACCAGCCAGCAGAGGAAAAGUUAAAGUUACAGAAGAACAGUAUGAGCUUUACUGUGAGAUCGGCAGCACCUACCAGCUAUGUAAGAUAUGCACAGAGAGGGAUAAAGACACCCGGAUUCAGCCCUGUGGCCAUCUCCUGUGCCAAACCUGCCUCACAGGCUGGCAGCAGAAGUCAGCUGGCCAAACCUGCCCAUACUGCCGCUGCGACAUCAGAGGAACAGAGUCCAUCCUCCUGGAGCCGUACGUGCCAGUCAGCGAUCAGGUGCUGGUGGAGGAGGGCGAUGAUGACGACGACGAAGAGGAUCAUGUGGAUAUUGAAGAAAUGGUAAAGGAAAUAGCUGCCCUGAGGAAGUUUUCCAGUUUGGACUUCCAGUAUCCCAGCUCUCACAUUAGCGCUCCACCUUUACCCCCUAAAAAUAAUACAAUGCCACGCUGUCCCUCUCCCUCCGUCCAGUCUCAGACGUCUGAAAUUAAGACACUGCCCAAACACUCCAACUCUUAUUCGCCUCAAAGUAGCAGUGAAACGCAAAGGUACAGAAAACAGACAAACAGUUGUCGAACGGAGGGUUUACACGGCAGUGAAGAGGAAUACGCUGGUGAGCUGAGACCACGCCCUUUCUCUCACAGCGUGGAACACCUGAGAGAAGCAAACUUUCCUUCCUCCUCUCAGAGAGCUGACGACAGUGGAGUACCCUGGCUCGGACCCAACAUCCCUGUAAUGGAGAGAAGACAUAAGGAAAAGGAGAUGAGCAGACCAGGGCUCAGAAAAGACAAGUACGCUCAGGGAGAGAUGAAGAGAACAAUGUCAUCCUGAGUGACAAACAACACGUAGAGUCAAUAGACUUAAUUUCAUCCAAGAAAUCAGCCUUUGUUGAAUGUAAAAAAUAAUAUUUAAUGCUGCAAACUACCAUGUGCAUGCUGCACUGCUGAAAAUGAGUGGAGUGCUUGGGACUAACAGAAAAAUUGCCCACUGUGGCCUCCUACUGUUUGAUAAUUGCACUGCCAUUAGCAACACGGUAGGUUCAGUACUAAUUCCUAAAUAUAGUGUCACAUUAGAUCUUCUUUGGAGUUAAAGUAUUUACUGACACUCUGAAACAGAAAUUAAGGAGAGGCUUAAUAAUUGACAAUGUGAUUUUUAUUAAAUAAUAGAAAAACCCUACCUCUUUCUUUAAUCUAUAACAUAAGUUUGUUCUUGUAAAUGUUAUAAGAGUAGAGAAGGGCCUCUAUAUUGAUAAAGCAGUUGUAACCCUUUGAAAACAGCAGAUAAAUAACAUUACAGUCAUUCAGUUUUACAUAAAAGUGUUUCACAAUUUCUUCAGAUAUGAUAUUUGACCUACAUGCAGAAGACAUGCUGCAUGUGUACUUUAACCAGACUUGUUGAACAUUUAUUUCUCUCUCCCCGUCACUCCAAAUAAGGGUCUUUGAGUAUGUGUGAGUGUUAAGGUGCUGCAGGAUAUUGCUAAGCAAGCUGUAUCAAGUACCUCCAAGACAGAGUCACAGAAAGACCCUUUCUCUGGAAGGGCAAAAGCAAAGAUGCAUCACAGAGGAACAUUUCAGUCUAAGAAUGAGAGAGAGCAUUAUUAUGUACAGGUUAUUGCUGUUUAGGUCAUUCUCUAGUGAACAGAGUAAUUCGGAAAGAUGCAUGAGAAACAUGCACAGUUUGUGUGACUUCAGGCAGUUCAGACGUGAGCUAUAUUAAAAAUUAUAUGUAAGUGUUACUAUAUCUGACGUAGAAGGAUUACCAUCAAAACUGUACAGGAAAUGAUAAAUGCUGAAUUUAUCCAGACAUAAAGUGAUACAUUAAAAGGCGGUCAGAAUAAUGUGAAGGCGCUUUAUUUACAUCUGUAACUGAUUAUAAAUACAGUAACCUGUAACUGAUGCAUUUUUGGUCUUCAAGUUUUAUUUGAUGUUUUUUUUUCCAUUAAAUACAAACAGACCAAUCAAAAAAUGUGUGUAUACUAAGAAGUUUCAUUUAUUAGUUUUUUUUGUCCAGCACGUGGGCGAUGGGAUCGGUACAACAGCCUCAAUCACCUCUGAGGGCUGGUAGAUUUUGGCCAGUGUGAUGUCGUAAUCUAGAGUCUGAUAGUCGUACCUGCACACACAGAAAUAUAAAAUAAGUCUCAGCUGUUUGUCUGAAGUAUUUCAUCAGUGAAUGGAAAUAUUAAACUGUGUCGUGUAAAAGUAAAUCGCAGACAGGGCCGAUCCUUUCUUUCACUCACUGAGGGAGCCAGGUGAUGAUGUCAUUCUUCAGCUUCUCUGUACAGGCAGAUUAAACAAGAAAAACAAAAUCCUUAAAACAGAUUAUCUAAGAUCCAAAAAUUUGUCAUACACCAACAUGAUCUUUUUAAUGUAGUUAUUUAGUUUAUCUAUUUUUUUAAUAAAGAAAGUAAUGCACAAACUCAUGUUUCCAACACUGAGUACUUACUUGUACCAACAGUGGGCAACAGAGAGCACGCGCUGCUUGCUGAUGAGCACACCAUCACUGAUGUGGUAGUCUGUUCAGUGAGGCCAUGUAUGGUGAUGUUCACACUCUUUACGAGUAACUGCCACUGUUGCACAACAGUUGAAGUGAAUUUCAUUUCAAAUCUGUGUCAUUACAACAGAGAUAUGUACAUUGUAUGUAUGUGUGUAUCUCUGUAUUUUUACCAGCAAAUGCAACCUUCAGCAGAGUCAGCAGUCUCAUGGUGUCUGGCAAAUGCCCAGAAGACACCUAGGCACACUCUGACUCAUAUUGCAAUAGUCUGUGUGCUCCAACUAUUCCUGCUCCUCCUCUCUUGCCUGGUUAUGUUGACCCCGUCUGUAUCUCUGCAUUCUGUUCUUACCGCUUGGUGCUAAGUGUUCAUCCAAAUCUCUUAUCUCCCCACAUUUAACACCUGUUUAAGCUUCUCACAUAGGUCACUCAUUGUUGGCAAGCUACAGCCUGGGAUGGGGGUCCACUGGUGGAUCGCGGGCCCAUCUGGCUGCAUCCCAGUUUUGCUGCUGAUUCCGUGGGGCAUCUGCUUGGCUUCAUUUGGGAAGGGGGGUGGGGGUCUUUGUGUGUCAUUUGCAGGUGGGUAUGUGCGUGUGCGUGAUUGAGUGAAUGGCCUUGAUGUGUGCAUGCGUGCGUGUGUGUGUGUGUGCGUGCGUGCGUGCGUGUGUGUGCAAUGUCCUUUAGACUUCUUGAGCUUGAAAGUCUGUAUUUCAUUCACAGCCUGAACUCUCGUAUGGAAGCUUUCCUGUAAAUUCUUACUGACAGUAAUGAUGUGCAAUAUUUUAUAAAGCAAAUCGUAAGACUCCGGAACCCCAAAUCAAAAAUUAUAUGCUGGCAUUUUUAUUAUCGUAUAAAUUUCAAUGAAUUAACCCCCUAAUUGCUAAAACUAGUCUGUACGUACAUGUCGACAUCUGUUACCUGGAUACUAAAGUCAGAUGUGAAAGAUUUGUCCUUUCUUCAAGAAAAAAAAAAUUCUAAACAUUAUUUUGUGCAGAAAAUACAAUACAUAUAAAGUUGUGCUGGAGGAAUGGCUUUUAUUACAGACAUGAUUGCUGUCAAAACAUUUUAUGAAUGAUAGUUCUGUUUAAAAAAUAUAGAAAAUGCUCAAAUGUGUCAAUGUUUGGGUCUGCUUUUGGUCAUGUUUGUAUAAAAGCCAAAUGAAGUGAGAAAGAAACCAUCUGUGCUCUCAGGAGCAAGAAAAUAAAAGUAGUCCUACAUUG